CUGGGAUUACAGGCGUGAGCCACUGUGCCCAGCCCAUUAUCUUCAUUUUAAGAGCAUUGACUCUGCUGCUCCUCUUGAGACACCUUGGGCAGUGAUUCUGUUCUUCUGGGAUACUCUGGGUGUUUCUACUUGUAUUUAGAAUGGCUGGCUUAAAAGUCUUCGUUUGAAUAUUCUGCAUCCUGAAUGCUCUUAGUUGUCAGUAAAACUAUGCCUGCCUACGCACUCUUCUAUUUCUGAUUUAUAAAUAGGUUCAGCUGCCUAACAAUUACACAUACUCUAUUUUGCACACGCACUUAAGGAGACAUUUAGAGGGUAGAUGGCUUUUAUUCCUAAGAAGUUAUCUGGAAAUCAUCUUAACUGUCUUUUUUUCCCCAAAGGAGCCAUAUUUUGAAGGAUUUGUGAUGAGACUUUUGGUCUGUGAAGCCCAAGACACAAUCUCCAACAUGCACAAAAAAUCCAGUAUCAAAUUUCUAACAGGUCUUCAGAGACAGGCCCAGGGCUGGCUUGAGCGUGUCAGAGAGGUGUGCACUGCGUACUUCCCAUCAUACAUGGCCACAACAUGCCUGUGGCUGUGAGAAAUACUGGUGGUGGCAAAGACAAUGAGAUGCCAGAGAAAAAGAUCAGUGGGGUUUGCAAAAGUGAUUAAGAUGUCAUCCUAGGCAUAAUUAAGGACUUAAUAAGGUUGAAGGAAAGAGAGGACAUUGCAUAUACCGAGGCCCCUGAGAGAUCUGCCUGGCAACCCGGAAAGGGACAUAUGGGGGAAAACGCCUUAGUGUAACCGGGUCAGAAUUUUCAUUCUGGGCAGAACUGGAAUUUGAAUAAUAAUACUGAGUCACAUAGAGCAUACAGCUAUGACAUCUCAUUUAUUUCUCCAUAUAAUGCAAUAAAGUAGAUGGAUUAACCGUGACUUUUACAGAUGGAGCAGGGGAGAAUGAAGAGGCGUAAGUUUGGGCAUCAGGCUGGAUCUUCACACUCUGACCUCACUCUGCUCUAUCCUGCCCAGUGUUGCUUCACCUGAUAUCAGGGGUGCAAGGCAACCAGAUCUGACACCAGUUUCAGUUUAGAUCCUGCCUUUACCUGGGUGUGACCCGGGUCCAUCUCUUCAGCUCGGCCUCUGCUUUCACUUCAUAAACUUUUGGGGUUAGUCCUCGGAUGAUCUCUAAAACAUGGCCCAGGUGCUCCUUGCCAGUGGAGUGUAGCAGGAUUUGGAGGGACAGGACACUCAGUGUGCACAAGAGGAAGGCCUCAGGAGGCAGUAAAAGCUGACGAGAGAAAAUGAAGCGCCCUAGGGGUGCAUAUUGGACUAGCGGGCGAAAGGCCAUGACUCCUUAGUUUGAAGAUAGUGAGUGGGAAAGAACUGGGGCCGAGAUUGGGUAAGUUUCCCAGUGCAAUUAAAAAAAAAAAAAAGAACUAGAAGAAUUACCCCGGUCCGGCUUCUUUCGUGUAGCCUGGGGCUGAGUCGCAGGCUGAGAAAUCCGGUCGGGCCAGUAGGGGGCUCCACUAAGCGCAGUCUCAGAAUGCCCAAGAGCCCCACCGUCGCCCGGGGUCUCCUAGAGGAGUGGGUCGUGGUGGGCGCUGAAGAGCCGUAAAAGACGAGCAGCCCGCGUCCGCGUCCGUCCUCCCGGGUCUCCAGUCCGCAGGCGGCCGCCGCCUCGGCCCCGCUCUCCCACCUCCAUUCCCGGCCCCGCGGGCCCGAACAGUCCCUCUCGCAACCGAUCUGCUGGCUGGGGCGCGGGGGAUGCGAAUUCCUAGAAGCCUUAAGAGGCUGCCCAGCGUUGGAAGUUCGUAUCCCCGAGAAUGCUGGAGGUUCCGGCUCACACACUCCCUCCGGGCACAGUCAGCUGGGGGGUGCUGGGAGGGAGAACGCCCCGCUCCUCAUCCCCCAUCCCCGUGCACCCUGGAGCCCAGCUCCAUACGUUCGGCCACCCCAGGCGGACUCGGAAGUGGCCGGGUAGCAGGUGUUGGCGGGACCGGGUAACGGCAGGCCCUAGAGGAGGUCGCUGGGCCGGGCCGGAGGCGCACAGUGGCUGCGUGGCUACCUCGGCGGCACCCGCCCCACCUCCGCCGGCUAAGCCCGGAGGGGGACGGUGAGUCAGAUCUCGGGCACCCGCUGGUCGGGCGGGGAGGGGGAGGCAGGUCAGGAAAUGACAUCAGAGGCCUGUGCUCAGGGAGCAGGGGUCUGAGCCGGGCUGGGGCGGCGGGGGCGGCAGUGAGUGGGGUGGGGGCGGGCGGACCUCGGCGGAGCCUCCGGCCUGAGGCAGGAUCAGGGCCCCUUCCUGGGGGAGUUUCCUGCCUGGUCCGCCCUUCCCCGCUCUCCCCGCCCCCUCUCCGGGCCGCUCCUUGUAUGGUCUGGGCGCCGCUCUCUCCCCGCCCCCUCUCUUCUCCCUCCCUCCUCCUUCCGUGUGUCCCUCCCCGUCCGGCUGGAGGCUGCUCCGGACCGGGACGCAGAGUCCGCGGACCCGGCGCCGAGGCGGCCACCCGAGACGCGGCGCGCACGCUCCGGCCCGCGCAGCCCGGCCCGGCCAUGGCGGCCCCCCGUCCGUCUCCCGCGAUCUCCGUUUCGGUCUCGGCUCCGGCUUUUUACGCCCCGCAGAAGAAGUUCGGCCCUGUGGUGGCCCCAAAGCCCAAAGUGAAUCCCUUCCGGCCCGGGGACAGCGAGCCUCUCCCGGCACCCGGGGCCCAGCGCGCACAGAUGGGCCGGGUGGGCGAGAUUCCCCCGCCGCCCCCGGAAGACUUUCCCCUGCCUCCGCCUCCCCUUGCUGGAGAUGGUGACGAUGCGGAGGGCGCUCUGGGAGGUGCCUUCCCGCCGCCCCCUCCCCCGAUCGAGGAAUCAUUUCCCCCCGCGCCUCUGGAGGAGGAGAUCUUCCCUUCCCCACCGCCUCCUCUGGAGGAGGAGGGAGGGCCUGAGGCCCCCAUACCGCCCCCACCACAGCCCAGGGAGAAGGUGAGCAGUAUUGAUUUGGAGAUCGACUCUCUGUCCUCACUGCUGGAUGACAUGACGAAGAAUGAUCCUUUCAAAGCCCGGGUGUCAUCUGGAUAUGUGCCCCCACCAGUGGCCACUCCAUUCAGUUCCAAGUCCAGUACUAAGCCUGCAGCCGGGGGCACAGCACCCCUGCCUCCUUGGAAGUCCCCUUCCAGCUCCCAGCCUCUACCCCAGGUUCCGGCUCCGGCUCCGGCUCAGGCUCAGAGCCAGACACAGUUCCAUGUUCAGCCCCAGCCCCAGCCCAAGCCUCAGGUCCAACUCCAUGUCCAGUCCCAGCCCCAGCCUGUGUCUUUGGCUAACACCCAGCCCCGAGGGCCCCCAGCCUCAUCUCCGGCUCCAGCCCCUAAGUUUUCUCCAGUGACUCCUAAGUUUACUCCUGUGGCUUCCAAGUUCAGUCCUGGAGCCCCAGGUGGAUUCGGGUCACAGCCAAAUCAAAAACUGGGGGACCCCGAAGCUCUUUCCGCUGGCACAGGCUCUCCUCAGCCUCCCAGCUUCACCUAUGCUCAGCAGAGGGAGAAGCCCCGAGUGCAGGAGAAGCAGCACCCCGUGCCCCCACCGGCUCAGAACCAAGACCAGGUGCGCUCCUCUGGGGCCCCAGGUCCCCUGACUCUGAAGGAGGUGGAAGAGCUGGAGCAGCUGACCCAGCAGCUAAUGCAGGACAUGGAGCAUCCUCAGAGGCAGAACGUGGCCGUCAACGAACUCUGCGGCCGAUGCCAUCAACCCCUGGCCCGGGCGCAGCCAGCCGUCCGUGCUCUGGGGCAGCUGUUCCACAUCGCCUGCUUCACCUGCCACCAGUGCGCGCAGCAGCUCCAGGGCCAGCAGUUCUACAGCCUGGAGGGGGCGCCGUACUGCGAGGGCUGCUACACUGACACCCUGGAGAAGUGCAACACCUGCGGGGAGCCCAUCACCGACCGCAUGCUGAGGGCCACGGGCAAGGCCUAUCACCCGCACUGCUUCACCUGCGUGGUCUGCGCCCGCCCCCUGGAGGGCACCUCCUUCAUCGUGGACCAGGCCAACCGGCCCCACUGUGUCCCCGACUACCACAAGCAGUACGCCCCGAGGUGCUCCGUCUGCUCUGAGCCCAUCAUGCCUGAGCCUGGCCGAGAUGAGACCGUGCGAGUGGUCGCCCUGGACAAGAACUUCCACAUGAAGUGUUACAAGUGUGAGGACUGCGGGAAGCCCCUGUCGAUUGAGGCAGAUGACAAUGGCUGCUUCCCCCUGGAUGGUCAUGUGCUGUGUCGGAAGUGCCACACUGCUAGAGCCCAGACCUGAGUGAGGACAGGCCCUCUUCAGACCGCAGUCCGUGCCCCAUUGUGGACCACCCACACUGAGACCACCUGCCCCACCUCAGUUAUUGUUUUGAUGUCUAGCCCCUCCCAUUCCCAACCCCUCCCUAGCAUCCCAGGUGCCCUGACCCAGGACCCAACAUGGUCUAGGGAUGCAGGGUCCCCGCCCUGGGGUCUAGUCCUCACCCAUCCUGCAGGGAUUGCCCACCGUCCUCCAGACACCCCACCUGAGGGGGGCACCAGGUUUAGUGCUGCUGCUUUCACUGCUGCACCCGCGCCCUCGGCCGGCCCCCUGAGCAGCCUUUGUACUCUGCUUGCGGAGGGCUGGGAGACGCCCUGACCCUCCAGGACAUUCCCACCCUCCCCCAUGCUGCCAGGUUGUAGCUAUAGCUACAAAUAAAAGAAACCUUGUUUUCCAGAA